AGGAAAGGACGAGGGAGUAGAAGAAGAACAACGUCAAACGGACGGUGCGCGUGAUACACCGGCAAGUGCCUCGGAUGGCAGGCCACCUCCUCAGAGUCUCCUCUCUGGCCACAGCAGUAUUUGCCUCUUCUGGGUUCUACCUCUACAACAGACAGCUGGACCUCAAUGACCUCAGCGUCAUCCGUUUCGGACGAGCCGCAGCCACCACGGCGGUCAUCAGUUUAGACUACUUGACUGCUUUCAAACGUGUGAAAUGUGGCACAGAGGAGUACUCGGCACUCAAGUCCAAGGUGCAUCUGCGGUCGGCGGAGCGUCUUCGAGACUUGUGCUGUGCCAACCGGGGUACUUUCAUCAAGGUGGGCCAGCACCUCGGUGCUCUGGAGUACCUGCUGCCCGAUGAGUACACAUCCACACUGAAGGUGCUCCACAGCCGAGCUCCUGAAAGCAGCAUGAAAGAGAUCCAGCAGGUCAUCAGAGAAGACCUUGGCAAGGAGCUGUCUGAGUUAUUUGUCUUCUUUGAAGAGAAGCCUCAGGGUGCAGCCUCCUUAGCCCAGGUCCACAAGGCAGUGCUGCAUGAUGGAAGGACAGUGGCCAUCAAGGUCCAACACCCCAAAGUGCAGAGACAGACCUCCAGGGACAUCGUGGUGAUGGAGGUUCUGUUGAGGGCGGUCCAUUGGCUCUUUCCAGACUUUGCCUUCAUGUGGUUGGUUGAAGAGGCCAAGAAGAACAUGCCACUGGAGCUGGACUUCCUCAAUGAAGGACGCAACGCUGAGAGGAUGGCCGACAUGCUGGCCCACUUCACCUUUUUUAAGGUUCCCAGGAUUCAUUGGGAUCUGUCUACAAAGAGGAUCUUGACCAUGGAGUUUAUCGAGGGGGGGCACGUCAACGACAGGGACUACAUGAUGAAACACGGCAUCAAUGUCAAUGAGAUCUCAGAGAACCUGGGUAAGAUAUACAGCGAAAUGAUCUUCGUCCACGGUUUUGUUCACUGUGACCCACACCCGGGAAAUGUUUUGGUCCGAAAGUGUCCCCAGAGCAACAAGACGGAGAUUGCCCUGCUUGAUCAUGGCCUUUAUCAGACCCUGCAGCCAGACUUCCGGUUGGACUACUGUCAGCUGUGGCAGGCUCUGAUUAAAGGGGACAUGUCCGGGGUGGAGCGCUACAGCCUCAGACUGGGAGCUGGAGAUCUGUACCCGCUGUUCGCCUGCGUGCUCACCGCUCGCUCCUGGAACGCCAUCAAUGCUGGCAUCAGUUCUGUGCCUGUCACACACUCUGAGGAGGUGGAGAUUCGGGACGGUGCAGCUCUCUACUUGCCCCAGAUCAGCACGCUGUUGAACCGUGUGCCCCGGCAGAUGCUGCUGCUGCUGAAGACCAACGACCUGCUGAGGGGCAUCGAAACCACCUUACAGACCAGAGCCGCCUCCUCGUCCUUCAUCAACAUGUCCCGCUGCUGCAUACGUGCCAUCGCCAGGCACAAGAAGAGUAAGGCUCAGUCCAGGAGGCGGUAUCUCCAGAUCACCCUGGUGGAGUCUCUCAACCUGUGGACACUCUCUAUGUACGAACUGUUUCUGUGGCUGAAGGGCUCCACGCUGGGACACUGGCUCACUGCUCUGAUGGCCUUCCUGCACUGACAUCACACUGGGAUCAUAACAACACACUCAACGGGUUUAUUAUACACUGUAUGCUCAUAGAUUUUGAAUAUGUACUCUCUCUCACACACACACACACAC